AUUUUUGAAUUCCCUUUUGAAAUUUUUGACCCCAAAAUGUCACAUAGAUCCUUAGGACCUGGACCUGGGGCAUACAUGCUGCCCAGCUGCUUUGGCUAUGAGCAGUGUGACUCCAGGAAGCAGCGUAGCCCUCGGUAUUCCUUCGGCAGCAGAUCCCGUUCCUCUAAUCGUGCUAAUCUUGUGGGACCUGGCCCCGCGGCCUAUCACCUGGGCUCGGUAAAGCGUUGUGGAAAGGCCAACAAUCUGGAAUAUGCGUAUUUCCAUAGGCGUGGCAUAGACAACAACAACCCAAAAAGUGUUCGCUAGGUAGAGUCUCAAAAAUAAACUAGUUAACAAUUA